ACAAAAUCUGAUUCUGAAGUCUGAGCUCUGAAGUCUGAACGACAAAUCGGACUUUAUCCUAUUUGUUCCGUUUUUUAUUCUAUCAGUUAAAAUACAAAUAAAAUAAUAAAACUGCAACGCAACCGCUCCGUAUUCAUCAUAACGCAUUCAUCAUGCCUUCGUAUGAAUUAUCUUUAAUGUUGCGAGUACUUUCUAAACCAGAAUUAGUGUCCUCUCUGAAACGUUCUGCUGAAACGAUAGUACAGCAAGGUGGAGUACUUCGUCAAUUCAUUUCCAUUGGAACUAAACCUCUUCCAUUCAAGAUUAGAGCUCACACUCAAUGGCACAGAGAAGGCACAUAUUUUUUGAUGAAAUUUGAUGCCCCCAGUUCUGCUGUUGAAAAUCUAAACGAUGAAUUCAAGAGAGAUAUUGAUCUUAUCCGAACACAUGUUGUAAAAUGUGAAGAACCAGUCAAACAGGAAUGCACAUUGGAAGAAGAAUUGAAAUCUCCAGCAUACCGCAAAGAUGUUCAGCAACUUGUAGAAGAAAGCAGAAAAACUGUUAGGAAACAGUUCAAGCAAAAUUCUCCUGGAUUUGAUUAUUAUCCAUUUCAAAAGUAGCCUCUCCUCUAUUUAUGUAGCAUCAUCAAAUACAUUGCCUUGAAACCCACAA